AUGGCGGAACGAAGGCCUUCGGACUCUGCGCCGAGAGAUGUGGACGUGGAGAAGGGAAUCAGCCCCAACGCCUCCGACCUCGAGGGCGCAACUAUCAGACCCGAAUCUGGCCGCGAAGCCGCAUUAAAUCCAGACGAUGCGCCGAAAGAGAACGACCCCAAUAUCGUCGACUGGGACGGUCCCGAUGACCCUCAGAACCCCCAAAAUUGGCCCGCGAGUCAGAAGUGGAUGAACAUUGCCGUCAUUUCUAUAUUGACGCUUGGCUCUUCAAUGUUCGCACCCGGUAUUCCCAAGAUCAUGGUAGAGUUCCACGAGACAUCAUCCAUGACAGCCACCUUCGUUGUUUCCGUCUACAUUCUCGGUUUUGCCUUCGGACCCCUUAUGGUAGCCCCUCUUAGCGAAGUCUACGGCCGCAGACUCCUGUACAACUGGGGCAACGUCCUUUUUACCGUCUUCACCGUCGGAGCUGCUCUCGCCAAGAACAUGCCUAUGCUUAUGGCCUUCCGAUUCCUCAUGGGUCUGGCUGGAUCCGUGCCCAUCACCAUCGGUAGCGGUAGUAUCGCAGACAUCAUGCCCAUCGAGCAGAGAGGCCGCGCAAUGUCAGCAUGGGCUAUGGGACCUCUUCUCGGACCUUGCAUCGGGCCUGUUGCUGGCGGAUAUCUGAUCAAGGCAGCUGGCUGGAGAUGGAUCUACUGGCUUGUGGUCAUUGUGGGCGGCGUCUUUAUCCCUCUCUCCUGGUUCCUGAUGAAGGAGACCUUCGCCCCUGUUCUUCUUGAGCAAAAGACUAAGCGUCUGCGCAAGGAGACUGGCAAUGAGAACCUUCGCAGCAAGCUUGAGACUGAGGCCAAGGUUUCCGACAAGUUCAAGUUUGCCAUCAUCCGCCCUCUGAAGCUUCUUUUCGCCACUCCCAUCGUCACCCUCAUGGCUCUCUACGUUGCUGUCACCUACGGCAUCUUGUACCUUCUCAUCACGACGUUCUCUUUCGUCUUCAAAGACUACUACGGAUUCGACGAGGGAACUGUUGGUCUGACUUUCCUUCCUGCUGGUAUUGGUAUGAUUAUCGGUGUCGGAACCUUUGGCACUCUCACCGACUACAUCGUCAAGAGGAACAAGGACAAGGGCUUGCCUCACCGACCUGAAAUUCGUCUGAGCCCUGCUAUGGCCAUGCCUUGUGGUGUUGUCCUACCCAUAGGCCUCUUCCUCUAUGGCUGGACUGUCGAGAAGCACGUCCACUUCAUCGUGCCUAUGAUUGGUGUCGUAAUCUUUGCCGCUGGUCUUAUGGGUGUCAUGACUUGUGUUCAGAACUACCUCCUUGACGCAUACCCCCGCUACGCAGCCUCAGUCACCGCCGCGCUGGCUGUUCUUCGAUCCCUGGCUGGAGCCCUCCUCCCUCUUGGCGGUCUGGAGAUGUACAACGCUCUUGGUCUCGGCUGGGGAAACAGUCUUCUGGGUUUCAUUGCUCUCGGUCUAGUCCCCAUUCCCCUCCUCUUCUAUCUCUUCGGCGAGCGAAUCAGAAACAAGUUCAAGCCCAACUUGUAA